AAACGUAAACGCCAUUUGCUCUUUCUUCCUUUGUCUCUGCUCCAAAGCCUCCAACGUAAAAGCAACACAAAUCAAACCCAACUCAACCUUCUCAAGUCUUUUUUUUCUUUUUCUGGGCAUUGGUUUAUCUGAAUUUGAAUGAAAAGAGAUGGGGAAGAAUGAGAAGACAGGUCUAGGGAGAGCCCUGAUGAAGCAUCAUAAUUCAAUGAUACAACAAUCCAAAGAGAAAGGGAGGUUUUAUAAGAGCCAGCAUAAGAAGGUUUUGGAAUCUGUGACAGAAGUUAGCGACAUCGAUGCCGUCAUCGAGCAGGCUGAGGAAGCUGACCAACUCUUCUCUAUCCAGCACCCCACCCCUAACCUCCUCAUCAAUUUGGACACAAGCUCAAGCACCAGUGGUAUGACACCUGAAGAAAGGAGAGAGCAACAGAAGAAAGAGGAGGCACUGCAUGCUAGUAGUCUCCGAGUUCCACGCAGGCCAUCAUGGAAUGCUGGAAUGUCUGUUGAAGAGCUAGAUGCCAACGAGAAACAAGCUUUCUUAGUUUGGCGCCGGAGCUUGGCAAGACUUGAGGAGAAUGAGAAGCUUGUUCUCACUCCAUUUGAGAAGAACUUGGAUAUCUGGAGGCAGCUUUGGCGGGUUCUUGAACGCAGUGAUUUGCUUGUGAUGGUUGUUGAUGCAAGGGAUCCUCUGUUUUAUCGUUGUCCUGAUCUUGAGGCAUAUGCAAGAGAGAUUGAUGAGCAUAAGAGAACAUUGCUUCUUGUAAACAAGGCAGAUCUUCUGCCAGUUUCUGUCAGGGAAAAAUGGGCAAAAUUUUUUCGCUCUCAUAAGAUUCUCUUUCUGUUCUGGUCUGCUAAAGCUGCUUCUGCUACAUUGGAAGGAAAAAUGCUCACUGACCCAUGGAAGACCCAAAAUAGCAUGCAAAAGAGUGAUGAUCCCGACACAAAAAUAUAUGGGAGGGAUGAGCUCUUGGCCCGUUUACAGUCUGAGGCAGAAGAAAUAGUCAAAAUGAGGAAAUCAGGCUCCAGUACCUCUAGAUCAUCCAAUAUUCAAUCUCCUAGUUGCAAUGCUGAAGGAACUUCAGCACCAAAGAAUGUAGUGGUGGGAUUUGUGGGGUAUCCUAAUGUUGGGAAAAGCUCAACUAUAAAUGCUUUGGUAGGCCAGAAACGUACCGGUGUCACCUCCACCCCAGGGAAGACCAAGCAUUUCCAGACAUUAAUAAUUUCUGAUGAGCUGACUCUAUGUGAUUGUCCCGGAUUGGUGUUUCCAUCCUUCUCAAGCUCAAGAUAUGAGAUGAUUGCUUCAGGGGUGUUGCCAAUUGACCGGAUGACGGAGCACAGGGAGGCUGUGCAAGUUGUUGCUAAUCGAGUCCAAAGGCACAUUAUUGAGGAUGUAUACAAAAUUAAUUUACCAAAACCUAAGCCAUAUGAAUCACAGUCUCGGCCUCCUCAGGCCUCAGAAUUUUUGAGAGCUUAUUGUGCUUCACGUGGGUAUGUUGCCUCUAGUGGACUACCAGAUGAAACUAGAGCAGCCCGCCAAAUUUUGAAGGAUUACAUUGAUGGAAAACUGCCUCACUAUGAAAUACCACCUGGUAUGGCCGAUGAAGGUGGUGUGGAAGAUGAUGGGAAACCAAGCUUGUCUGAAGUUCACAAUUCAGAUGCAUCUGAUGUUGAUGGUUCUUUGGAAGAUGGAAGUGAAACUACACCUGUGCUAAAGCACGUGCUGGAUGAUCUUAGUUCCUUUGACCUGGCCAAUGGACUUGCUUCCAAGAAGGCAACAGUUAAGAAGUCAAAUGCAUCCCAUAAGCACCACAAGAAGCCCCAGAGGACGAAGGAUCGGUCAUGGAGAGUUGGGAACGAUGAUGAUGAUGGAAUGCCAGUAGUCCGAGUCUUCCAGAAGCCAGUGAAUUCAGGUCCUCUUAAGGGUUAAUGAAGCAUCGACUGAACAAGUACUAGGAUAAACCAGUGCCUUCUCUUGCUUGGUUGAAUGCUUCUCCUACGGACACUCCAUGGAACGAAAUUUAUUAGUUGGCUGCUGGUUUAGAUACCCCUUCGUCCCUACAAGGAUGACUAAAGGGAAGAGAGAUGAAUAUAUAUAUGCAGCUUAUCCACGCAUAUGGUUGGAAUGCAGUUUUGUUGCGUUGCAGAAUACGUCACCCGAUGGGGGCUAAACGGAAAGUAGAUCCCUCCCUUGGUGUAUAUCUUAUUGUUGCUCUCUUUUUUUUUUUUUUUCCUCCUUAUAUUAUUUGUUUUGAAUAUUUUGAUGGAAAACAACCUGCUACUUCUCCAGUUGAGUAUUUGGAAUGUAAUUGAGCCUGAGCCUGAGACUGAGUUGUCUGAGUAGAAGUUCAAGGUUCAAACUCCAACUUACUAGAAAAAGUAAUCAAAUUAUUCUAUUCUGACUUAA